AUUAAGGGACGAAACAGACGUAGACAAUACGAAAACGCCAUUAAUACAGCUAUCUUGAUCAGCACAAACUAGUUUUCGAUUUUUCGGAUUAUUGAUUCAAUAUCCGAUUUUUUUUUCUUCGUCGCAAGAUCGUAUCUAAUCAUAAUCAUACAUCUCGAAAUCCACCGAGCUUCCUGCACGGUGUUACUGCGGCUGAUUUCGAGCGAUGGAGUUGAAUAAUGGCAGUUCAAAGAUUCGAGGAGAUAAAGGAGAAAUCGAGCAUAUGGAUUCUAGGGUUUCUGCCUGGUCCCUCGGCGGAAAGAGCGGCCACCUCCUUACAGAUUCUGGGGUGCUUAACUCUCCAGAGGAGAACAAGAAUGCUCAAGCUGGUACCAAUUUUGGCGACCAGACAUCUAAUGUAGAUGUAGAUUGUCUUACUCAGUUUCGUCAAGGUGCAACAGAGGAGACAAAUGUUAAGAAGUCAGAAGGCGGUCAUCAGAAGCCUGGGCAGUAUUUCUUUUAUGACACACCACUAUCUGAAGAAACUGGGGUUUGGAUACCUGUUUCAGUUCCGCCUAUGUUAGAAAAGGAUCGUGAUGAUUGGGCCAAAGGAUUUCCAUCAAAUGGGGGUUACUUCCCUGAUGGCGACAUGGGAUGGAGCCACUACCUUGAGCAAGAGAAGGAGCUGACAAUGUGGGAUGUGAUAGUAGAAAUGCUGCUGGCAGCUCGUGGAAAAGUGAGUGCUCUUACUUCAGCUGAUGCUUAUAGAUGUAACUUAUCGUGGGUUUCACGGGAUUUACUAGAGCAAGCUUGGCAAGAGAUUGCUCAAACUCUCACAGAAGCCAAUCUUGAUAAUCUUAGAGAGAUUCUUGAGGCAGAGCCUCCAAAGUGGUUGGCUGACAGUGCUGCUUCUGCUUGUAUGUUGUGUGGAUUGCGUUUUCAUCCAAUUAUGUGCUCCCGACAUCAUUGCCGGUUUUGUGGGGGAAUAUUCUGUGGUGAGUGUUCCAAGGGAAGAAGCUUGUUGCCUGAAAAGUACCGUGUUGCAGAUCCCCAACGAGUAUGUGAUGUAUGCUGUGUUCGACUUGAGUCUGUCCAGCAUUUCCUUAUGGACCAGGUAAGUCGUGCUUCGCAAUUACCCACCCACGACCUCACAGACCUCAGUACUUUGAGAUCCUGGGUUAAUUUCCCCUGGGGACAGUCCAUGGAGUAUGAAAUCUACAAGGCAACGAAUACAAUUCGGGGUUAUAGUAAGGUUGUUGGUUCUUUGAAACCUGAGAGGUUGAUUCCAGAUGCCAUUCUACGGCAAGCAAAGGGCCUUGCAAUAAUUACCACUGUGAAGGUAGGCGUGAUGGUUACCUACAAUAUAGGAACAGGACUUGUAAUUGCUUGUAGAGAAGAUGGCUCAUGGUCUCCACCCUCUGCCAUAUCAACUUUCGGUGUUGGUUGGGGAGCUCAGGCUGGAGGAGAGUUGACUGACUACAUAAUUGUUUUGAGAACGAGUGAUGCCGUUAAGACAUUUGGUGGCAAUGCACAUCUUUCACUUGGAGCUGGUUUGAGUGCAGCGGUUGGCAUAGCUGGACGUGCGGUUGAAGCUGAUGUUCGUGCUGGUGAUGGUGGUUAUGCUGCUUGUUAUACAUAUAGUUGCAGCAAAGGAGCAUUUGUUGGAUGUUCCCUUGAAGGGAGUGUUGUAGCCACCCGCACGAAAGAGAAUUCCAGAUUCUACGGGAGCCAAUCAAUAACUACAUCAGAUAUUCUUCUGGGCUCACUGGCCAGACCGCCUGCUGCUGGCAUCCUUUACCACGCUCUUGCAGAUCUAUAUCAGAAGCUCAACAGAUGAUCGAUAGCACAAAGUAAAAUCCUGAAAGGAAAGUAAGUACCGCUAGACAAAAUAUUUGUACAUUCUAUGAGAAGCAUUUCAAAUUCAAGUGUCCAUAUCUAUUCUUUGCCUCUGUAAGUAAUCAAACAGCUCUUGUACAGCAAGAAUUCAUUUGCCCCCUCUCCCCCGUUCCGACCGAACAGUGAAGAUGGGAAAAGCCUAAAAAACAAUUCAAUCA